CCUCCUUGUAGCAGCGUUGCGACAGAGACGGAGAACUCGAACGACAUGAAUGUAGAAAAUAAUCAUACGGCAGAAACAGAGACGGAGCAAACGAAGGACGGCAACGAGACCAUCACCAUUCAAACUACACUGGGAGAUGAAGAUGAAGAUGUGCACAAGUGCGGACGCUGUCAGACAGAGUUUUCCACGCUGGAGGCUUUCAUCCAGCACAAGCUGCAACACAACUGCCGACGUGUUGAGACACGGGAGGAGGGCAGUCAGGAGGCCAGUGAAGAGGUGACAACAGCCAAUGGGAGUCCUUCAGAGGUGAAAACAGCUGAGGGUGCACCCACAGAUGAACAAGUGAAUACCACUAAUGGUGAAUGGAAUGAAAGCAUUGAUGUCUUGGGUCGAGGUCGCAGGAAGAAAAUAGUUUCACAUAAAGCAACGGAGCAGUCAGAUGGGACCGAAGGAUCCAUAUCCGACAACGCUGAUGGUGACAAACCUGUUUACAAACUGAACAGUGACGGACGCUACAUUUGCCAACUUUGUGAUAAGACUUUUAAAACAACCAACAUCCUGAGAACUCACAUGAAAACUCACAGUGACCAGAAGAACUUCUCUUGUAGUCUUUGUGGGACCUCCUUCCGCACUAAAGGCUCCCUGAUUCGUCACAAUCGACGUCACACUGACGAGCGGCCGUAUCGCUGUAACUUGUGUGGCCAGUCCUUCAGAGAGUCGGGUGCCCUCACCAGACACCUUAAAUCCCUCACACCCUGCACGGAAAAGAUCCGCUUUGUUCAGUACAAGGAAAUCUUGGUCAGCAAAGAUGGAGUACAAAAAGGGGUUGACGAUAAUCCUGCUGCAGUGGCUGGCCAGCAGGAGGUGGUGGUUUUGGAGCAACAGCAAGAGGAGCAGGAGAUGGUGGAGGCUCGAACUGCUGUCGUCAGUGUUGUAGAAGCUGGUUCUCAAGAGGUCCUUCAUCGGGUCCACUUCACCAUGGAGGUGGACGGAACAACACAGGAGCAGCAGGUUGUGGUAGAGCAGUCUCAGGCGGAGGCCCUGGCAGCUGCAGCAGCAGCAGGAGACAACCUCAUCUGCCAGGCCAUCAUCAACUCUGGCAUUGCACUGGGGACAGAGGAAGCCGUGAUCGAAGAACCCCAACAGGCUACUGAGGAGAUGCAUGAAGAGGAUUCUGACUGUCCUGAUGUUGAGGAAGGCAUCGAUGAGAUCCAUGUGAAGGAGGAGUUUGUGGAGAUGGAAGCAGAAGAAGAAGAAGAAGAAGAUGACAGUAUUCAGACAAUCUCAAAACUGUACCAGUGUCCUCACUGUAACCGCUCCUUCAAGGGACUGAAUUACUUUCGCUUUCAUGUUAAGGGCCAUUUAGGUUACAAGCCUUUUAAGUGCACAUUAUGCCACAAGGAGUUCCUGACUGGUUACCUGCUGAAGAAACACAUGGAGGUGCAUGUCAGUGAGAGGAGGUACAAGUGUGGCGAGUGUGGCAAGCUGUACAAAACCAUCGGGCAUGUACGUGAGCACAUGAGGGCCCACUCGGAUGAAAGACCCUACCAGUGCUCCAGAUGCAGCAAGGGAUACAAGACCAAGAAUGCUUUGCAGGUGCAUCAGCGGACCCAUGGGGAUGAAAAACCUUAUGUGUGUCAGUUCUGCAUGAGAGGCUUCAGGGAGAAAGGAUCUCUGGUGCGACACAUCCGCCAUCACACGGGGGAGAAGCCUUUCAAGUGUCCAAAAUGCAAAAGAGGCUUUGCUGAGCAUGGGACUCUUAAUCGGCAUAUGCGUGCUAAAGGAGGCUGCCACAAGGACGAUUCCUGCGAGCAGCAGGGUGUAGUAACAGAAGAGCAGGCGUCGGUGGACAGCCUCGCUACAGCAGCCAUCAUCUCGGAGGAUCCUCAUGCCGUCCUGGUGGAGUUCUCCUCAGUGGUGGCAGACACACAGGAGUACAUCAUCAAGACUCAAACUGAAGAGGAAGUGCAGGAAGAAGAGGUGACACUCAUUCAAGACGGACAGAAUGAGAUGGGAAAUCACAUCAUGAAAGUGGUGCAGCGAAUCGUUAGCCAGUCCCAAGGCACAGGCAGCCACCAGAUCAUCGUGCGGAACGUGGGGACGGACGAGGAGGGCCCCACCAUCUCCGACUGUGGCGACACCAUCACCAUCGCCACACCCGAGAGCCUGACGGAGCAGGUUGCCAUGACGCUGGCCUCCGCCAUCAGCGACGGCUCGCUGCUGGCCACGGCGGGGGGCGGCGUCGAGACGGCGGACAGAACGGUUACCGUGGUUACCACAGAGGACGCAGUAGAUCAGGGAAUACAAGUGGUGCAGCAGCAAGAGGAAUAUGUCAUCACAUCUCCAGAGGAGGUGGAGAUUCAGACUGUCGUUGUAUGAUGGAGGGGGAACCUCACUGGACAGUCAAGACUUUGUACUGGUUUAUCUGAAGAGUGUGUAUGAGCGUCAUGUGUGAGACAAGACUGCAAAUCAAAAGGCCAAAGUGUUCAUAGAGUCUAUGUCUGUGGGACACAUUAAGAAUGAAUGCAUGAGGACUACAUAGUUCUAUCAUGUUUUUAUUUUUUGCUGGUGGAUGUACUCAAACGGACGCGGCCUACGUUACAUUAGCUAAUGAUUUGACUUUCACCUUUUUCAACAGCCUAAAAAAAAACUAACUUGAUUUAUUUUGUACAGAUUUCAUUUAAAUGCCUGAACGUAUUCAUCUUCUUUUAGAUGAUACAAACUGGACAUGUCUACGCCUUUCAUCUGCAUCAAAAAGUGAAACUCCUUCUUUAAUCACCUAAGAUGUUACUUCAGCUCUCUUCUGUCUGCAUCAGCUGCGGGCAAGUUAAAAAGCUCUUCACCUGCGCUGUGACAAUGUGAUGCCUUUAGAAGAUCGGCUGAUCGCGCGUGUGCCUGCAGAGUUUUUUUUUUUUUACCAGUCAGGGAGAGCGUCUCGGUACCCAGCUGCUCCUCUGAGCUGGUCAAACAUCAAAUUGUGUUCAGUUCCUUUAAGUAGCCUUUGCAACAAAUAAAUGCUAUUUUCUUAUA